CUUGCCGCGGGCAUUAGCGUGAACGCAAGAGAUGAAAACGGGUUCACCAUGAUCAUGGUCGCGGCCCUCAAUGACUUUCAUAAUGCAGCCAAAAUUCUUCUCGAACAGCACGGCGCGGAUCCGAACGUCGCUGAUCGCGACGGGUAUCGACCUUUGCACUUCCCCGCGGACGCGCGCAUCGUUGAGCUUCUCCUCAAGCACGGCGCCGACGUUAAUGCGCAGAAUAAUACAGGCGAGACACCUCUCAUGAUUCCAUUUAGAUUCGGAAAUGUUGAGCUAGUGCGCAUUCUGCUGAGAAAUGGUGCUUCGCUUAGUCCUCGCAAUGAUGAAGGUCUAACUGCGCUCGAGCGUGCG